AUGGGAGGCGAAAUGCUUGAAUUUAGAUCAGAAGCGCAUCAGAGUACGACAUCAAAGGUGAUUUGGGACCGAUUUGCAACAGAAGAGGCUAAUUUUAUGGCUCGUUUAAUCACCAUAGAUGAAACUUGGUUUCGUCCUUAUGAUCCCCAGACCAAGGAGCAAUCAGUGGAGUGGUAUCACAGCGGUUCACCGCAUCCCAAGAAAUUUCGGACCCAGAAGUCAACUGGAAAGAUUGUGGCUUCAGUGUUCUGGGACAAAGACGGAGUACUUCUCAUAAAAUUCCAACGAAAGGGUCGCGCCAUCAACGCAGAAUACUACAUGUCCUUGUUGGUUGAACUGCGUGAAGCUUCGAAUGAACGAACCAAUAUGGAGGUGGAGUGUAGACCAGACAACUCCAUAAGGAAUGGUCCCUAUAGCAAUAGACUGCUUGACAGUGCGAUUUACACGUACAGAAACGCCAAACACCUGCCGUCAGCUUUAAUGUCUUUUUCCCCGCGUUCAGCGUCAUCGUCGUCCUCUUCUUCCUCCUCCUCCUCAUCAUCAUCACCAUCAUCAUCAUCAUUAUCAUCAUCAUCAUCAUCAUCAUCGUCAUCAUCACCAUCAUCAUCAUCAUCAUCGUCAUCAUCGUCUGCACUAUUCUCAUCAACCUCCACAUCAUCAUCUCCAAAAACAACAUUAACCACAACAUCGUCGACAUUGUCGUUAUCCUUGAACCAAAACAAACUUCCAGGACCGCUGAAAUCAACAAUUAUAAGGACUGAAGCCCACCACAUCGAUGGAAGUCAUUUGAAGUCGACUCCAACUUUCAGACAACAAUCUGUUGCCUCGGUGCGCCGUUUACUGCGGACACCAAAAUGUGCCCGUUGCCGAAAUCACGGUGUUGUGUCAUGUUUAAAGGGUCACAAACGAUAUUGUAGAUGGCGCGACUGUCAAUGUGCCAACUGUCUUUUGGUUGUGGAACGACAGAGGGUAAUGGCGGCUCAAGUAGCUCUCAGAAGGCACCAAGCAACCGAGGCGAACAACAAUAUGAAGAACAAGGGAAAGAAUGCAGCUAACGUCCUGCAACAAAGGAAAUUACUCCACCGAAAUCUGCGGAAUUUGCAGCAACAUACACUAUCCAGAGAAAUACUUUCCAGUUACCGCUCUCGACUGCAAUGUCUACCUUCUCCCGAGAGUAUUCGAGGAGUCCUGCCUUACAUGAACGAAAGAAUGCGCAAGCGGAGAUGUUUUGCCGACAAAGAACUUGAAGUAGUGAUGUACCAGAGAGAACAAGAAGCUGAAAUUGUUGCCAAAUCGAAAUCUAACGUAGGUGCAGGUGCACUUUCUGCAGUCGGCACUUUACAUUUACCUAUGGUCAAUAACAAUCUGCAAAAUUAUGCAGGAGAACAUCAACCUGGGCCACAGCACCAAUCACAGCAACAACAACAGCAGCAGCAUCAGCAACAACAACAACAACAACAACAACAACAACAACAACAGCAACAACAGCAACAGCAGCAGCAAAUUCAGCAGCAGCAACUCCAAACCCCAAAAGAAUUCUUAGGAAGAAUUUUCCCGGCCUUAAAUCCGAACCUCUUAGAACUGGUGUGGCAAGGUUGUGGCGGUAGCUUAGAGCGAGCGAUUGAACACCUAGCCACAAGUAUCAAGUCAAGUCUGGUGGUUGCUUCUAACAGUGCCAAUUUUAUGAACUCUGCAGGAUAUUGUCCUGCCACCCUAAAUCAACUAAUCCAAACCUACUCCGUCCAUUACCCGUUUCACACAUCACCUUUCAAUUCAGACCACCCGAUAUAUUUUGAUCCAUCGUUGUCGCCACCAUCCCCGAUCCUUUCGUCCAUCACUAGCGUGCCUUCAGGUAGAAUUCCAUCCACUUCCCCCUCGUUGACAUCAAAGUGUCCGGAAGAUGUUUUGUCUCUUUCGUCGUCUACUCUUUCAUCUUCAUCACCUUCGUUGUCAUCAACUAUUUCCCCUUCUGUCACUAAAGAUAAACUACAAUUCCAAAGUGCGCAACAAAAAGUGAAUUACCAACUGUUGUCCUUGAAUUUGUACACAUCCACAAACCAGAAAGAUCCAAACGGAUUAGAGCAACGCAAAAGUGGUAAAAGCUACAGUGGUUGUGUUCACACAUCUACAGAAAUUUCUUCCAAACUCAACGACGGAGGACCAGGAAAAAACGUUGAGCACAGUGGUACAAGUAGAAUGUCUCCUGGUGAAAAUGUGUCCCCUACAUGUCAGACACCGCUGGCAUUGGUUACAACUAUCGGUAAAAAUGGUCUCAGCAACAUGAGAAAACUUAUAACCACGGAAGAGCUGUUGAAAAGAAGAUCAGCUUUUCAAUGUUUAGUCAGACCAUUAAAUCGGCCGAAAGCAUCAGACAUAAACGACAGCUACACAGAAGGAGCAAUUAAUUCGUUUAAAAUGGAAUCUCAAACAGAAAGAACUUUUACUACUGAGCGUGCGAAAAUCCCGCUUAAGUUCUCUGUAGCUGCAUUGAUUGGCAAAUAAACCAAAC